GUGCAGCCUAGCUCGACGCUGUUUCACGUUUCGAUGAUGCGUGCACGUCACCGUAUUCCCUUGGCCCGCCUACGCAUCACCCCUUAUUCGCUUGGUCAACUCGUGACGGCAGCGGCCACUGCUCGCUCUUCUUCCGACGUUAGAAUCGUACCAUCCCCUAGCUUGCCCAGCUCGGAAGGCGCCGGCUUCGCUCAUUUAAUCGUUGAGCGUCUCGUGAUCUGGUCGUGCGGGUUAUUUGGUCCAAGCUGCCGUCUCACGUUACACCAUGCUGUACUACGUAUUGUUUUCGUGGCACCCACCCCGGGUCAAGGAUUUCGAUAGCAGGUGCGGUGUGUAUGGCAUGCUCGUCCGUCCUCAAUGUAACAUCGUUUGAUCCGGACCCAAUCCGGCAACUCGCCCUCGACGAGCG